AUGAUUUCCUUUGUGCCUCUCUCGGUGCUGUUGAGGCGGCGGCUGCAGACUCUAGCUGCUCUUCAGUGGGUUUUCAGUUUCCUGGGUUUGGGCAUAGUCUGCAUAGUCAUCUUCAUUGGCCUUUUCUUCACCUGCUUUUGGUUCCUCAGCAUGCUAUACUCAGCCUGGUGGUACCUGGACAGAGAUACCCCAAGAAAAGGUGGGAGACAGAUCCAGACCAUAAAGAGAUGGUGUGUGUGGAAGUAUCUGGCAGACUACUUUCCUGUCUCACUCAUCAAGACAGUGGAUUUGGACCCAACACAGAACUAUAUUGCUGGCUUCCACCCUCAUGGUGUCCUGGCUACUGGAGCUUUCACCAACUUCUGUACUGAAGCCACUGGUUUUUCUUCUGUAUUUCCUGGGAUCCGCCCCCACCUGAUGAUGCUGACUUUGUGGUUCCGAAUUCCCUUCUUCAGGGAUUAUAUCAUGAGUGGAGGUUUAGUCACUUCAGAGAAGGAGUGUGUCUCAUAUUUUCUGAGCAAGAAGGGAGGUGGAACCUUGCUGGUGAUUAUCGUGGGAGGGGCCCAGGAGGCCCUGGAUGCCUGGCUUGGAAGCUACACACUACUGCUGAGGAACUGGAAAGGAUUUGUUAAACUUGCCUUGCUUCAUGGGGCAUCUCUGCUGCCUAUAUUCUCCUUUGGGGAAAAUGAACUCUUUGACCAAAUGGACAAUCCUUCAGGAUCUUGGCUUCGAUGGAUCCAGGAAAAACUGCAGAAGGUCAUGGGCAUCUCCCUCCCAGUCUUCCACGGCCGGGGGCUCUUCCAGUACAGUUUUGGCCUGCUCCCUUACCGGAGGCAAAUCACUACUGUAGUGGGGAAGCCCAUCAAGGUGAAGCAAAAUAUCAACCCAAGCUCAGAUGAAGUGGACCGUCUGCAUCAGCAGUACAUGACAGAACUGUGUAACCUCUUUGAAACCCACAAGAUUAAGUACAACGUCCCCCCAGAGCAGCAUCUGAAGUUCCAAUGAACCAGCCACUUCCCAUGCUCUCCCUCUGCCCUAUCUUUGGGUGACAUCACAAAACAAUAGAGUCCUGACUAGCAACUGUGGUGCCUAUAGCAAGCAAAAGAAGAAUAAUUCGUAACCAUCUUAGUCAUACUUAGAGGAUCAUAGAUUUAGAGUCUGUAGAAUCCAACACUCUUUAUUUUAUAGAUGAGGAAACUGAGUCCCAGAGCUACAAAGUGACUUUCCCAAACAGAGCAUGAUUCAAACUCUGGUCUUCUUGAUUCCAAAAGCAACACUGUAUGCAUUGACCCACUAAUUGCUCCGUAACUCAUGAUAUGAAAAACUACCAAAAGUAAUUAAGAAAGCUUUUCAUGGAAGAGUUCUGGAAAGAAUGCAUUGUUGGGGAAAC